GUGAUGAACUUCAAGAUUGGCGUGAGGGAAGCGUGGGUUCGAACCCCACAAACUUACUUACAAAAACAACUUACAAAAAAAUUCAAAGAGCAUCCACUCCACCACCAUGUGUGCCUAAAAAACACACAGUAUGGUGGUGGAGCUGCCCAGGGGAGAGCUGCCCUCCCCACCCCUUCUACCUCCCUGGGAACUACAAGGACCACCAAACUGACUCACUCAAGUAGGUUAACGAUAGGAUAGGUUAGCAUAGCAUAGGAUAGGACAGAGUCAGUUUGUAAUGGUCCAUGUAGAGAACAGGGUAAGGAGGAGGACCACCAGCAGAGGAAGAAGGCCAGCAGCAGCAGCAGCAGAUGAAGAAGAAGAAGAAGAAGGACCACCAGCAGCAGCAGAGGAAGAAGGACCACCACCACCAGCAAAAGAAGAAGGACCAGCAGCAGCAGAAGAAGAAGGACCACCACCACUACCACCACCAGCAGAGGAAGAAGGACCACCACCACCAGCAGAGGAAGAAGGACCACUACCACCACCAGAGGAAGAAGGAGAACCAGCAGCAGCAGCAGCAGAGGAAGAAGAAGGACCACCGCCACCACCACCAUCAGGAAGUUUCAGCAGGGAAAGAAGACCACCAGCAGCAGCAGAGGAAGAGGAAGGACCACCACCACCACCAGCAGCAGAGGAAGAAGAAGUCCGGACCACUACCACCACCACCACCAGUAGCAGAGGAAGAAGAAGGACCACCACCACCACCACCAGUAGCAGAGGAAGAAAAAGGACCACUACCACCACCACCACCAGUAGCAGAGGAAGAAGAAGGACCACCACCACCACCACCACCAGUAGCAGAGGAAGAAAAAGGACCACCGCCACCACCACCACCAGUAGCAGAGGAAGAAAAAGGACCACCACCACCACCAGUAGCAGAGGAAGAAGAAGGACCACCACCACCACCACCACCAGUAGCAGAGGAAGAAAAAGGACCACCACCACCACCACCACCAGUAGCAGAGGAAGAAAAAGGACCACCACCACCACCACCACCAGUAGCAGAGGAAGAAGAAGGACCACCACCACCACCAUCACCAGUAGCAGAGGAAGAAGAAGGACCACUACCACCACCACCACCAGUAGCAGAGGAAGAAGGACCACCACCACCACCACCACCAGCAGAGGAAGAAGGACCACCACCACCACCACCACCAGCAGAGGAAGAAGGACCACCACCACCACCAGUAUAAGAAGAAGAAGGACCACCACCACCAGAAGAAGGACCAGCAGAGGAGGAAGCAGCACCACCACCGAACUGACCCUGACAACUUCCAGCACCACCAAACUGACUGACUCAAGCAGGUUAAGUAAGGAUAGGAAGGAUAGGUUAGGCUAGGAUAGGAUAGGAUAGUUAGUUAGUUAGUUAGAUAGGAUAGGAUAUGGUUAGUUAGUUAGUUAGAAAAAGUAGAAGAAGAAGAAGAAGAAGAAGAAGUAGAAGAAGAAGAAGAAGAAGAAGAAGAAGGACUACCACACCAGCAGCACCACCACUAACAAAAAAAGAAGGACCACCACCACUACUACCACCAGCAGCAGCAGAGAAGAAGAAAAAUGUAAGUUGUCAGGGUCAGGAGGAGGAAGGUCAAGAAGAAGAAGCAGCACCAUCAUCAAGAAGAAGACGAAGAAGCACCAUCACCCAUCUCAGGAAGAAGAAGAAGCAGCAUCACCAUCAUCAGAGGAAGAAAAGAAGAAGCACCAUCAUCAGAGGAAGAAUAACAAGCACCACCACCAUCAGGAAGAAGAAGGACCACCACCACCAGCAGAGGAAGAAGAAGAAGAAGAAGGACCACCACCACCACCAGCGGCAGCAGAAGAAGAAGAAGAAGGACCAUCACCAACAGCAGCAGCAGCAGAAGGAGAAGAAGGACCACCACUACCACCAGCAGCAGCAGCAGAAGAAGAAGAAGAAGAAGAAGAAGAAGAAGAAGAAGAAGAAGAAGAAGAAGAAGAAGAAGAAGAAGUAGAAGAACAGGAAGAACUGACCCUGACGACUUCAUUCACUGACAGACUCAAGCUGUUAAGGAUAGGAAGGUUAGAAUAAGCUAGUCUAGGAUAGGAUAGGAUAGAAUAGGAUAGGAUAUGGUUAGUUAGGUGGUCCAUGAAGUUGUCAGAGGAAGAAGAAGAAGCACCACCACCACCACCAGGUGAAGAAGACGAAGCACCUCCACCAUCAGACUUUCUAUUAAUGAAUAGAUUUGGCAUGAUUGCGGGCAAAGGCUCAAAUACCUUUUAUGGGCAACCUCUCUAUCGUAUAUAGCACGAGAACAGGCUGUUUUAAAGGUUUAAAUGUUUAGGGCGAGACAAAGAAUGUGUGCCUCACCUUUGUUAUGCGCUCCACACACAGGGACGGGUCUCUGACACGAAAGCAGUACUCAUUCCAAGGAAAAUCAGCAUAAUACCUCCUCAGGUCCCCCCAAUUAGCAGCGGCAAAACGCCAGAGGCACCUCCGCUUUGGGGGAUCCUGAGGAGGGAAUGGAGCGAUAGGACAAAUGAGGUUGUGAUCGGAGGUGCCCAACGGAGAAGACAGAGUGACAGCAUAAGCAGAAGGUUAGAUGUGGAGGAUAGCAAGGCGAUGUGAUGUGCUCUAUUGUAGAAUUUAAGUAGUCAAAGAUUUUUUUUUAUAGUCAGAAGAGUCAGGUGAGAGGUGUACAACACAGAUAAAUUUAGUUUGAGAGUGACUCUGUAGUCGUAGCCGGAUGGUGGAAAAUUCAGAAGAUUCAAGAGUUAAGUCGUUGCGCACACAGACGCAACGUUCAGCUUUGGAUUGAAAAUGAGGAUAGAGGAAGGAACAGAGAAGGGGCUACUGCCAGUUGCCUCAGACACCUGUGUUUUGGUGAGGAAAGGAAGAUGAGGUUUAGUAGAGGAGAGGCGGUGUUCUA